UGAUCAUAUGUUUUUGUUUAUGUUAUUUUUAUUUUGAUGCUGUGAUUAUUGUGUGUAGUGGUUUGGAUAUUGGUUCUCUUUUUGAAAUGUUGAGAUAAUAGACUAAUGGUGGCUUCAAGUGCAAUAGUGGACCACUCAACGGACCAACCCACAAAAAUAAUCUUUUCGUAAUCCCAUGAUGUUAUUGUGAUUUAACGAUUUGCCAACAAAAACUGGAAAAAUAGCUGUCAUCACAGGAGGGACUAGAGGAAUCGGACUCGAAGUAAUAAAAAUGCUCCUGCAAUGUGAUAUCACCAUUGUAAUUGGUUGUAGGAAUAUCAAACAAGGGGAAGCACUGCUUGGUAUUUUCCGAAAAGAAGGUAUCACAAAAGGAAAAAUAGAUGUGAUGAAGUUGGACAUUAGUGUGAUGGAUUCAGUGAAAGAAUUCGCGAAGGCAGUGAGAGAAAAAUAUCCCUUGAUUCAUUACUUGAUAAAUAAUGCGGGCAUUAUGUUCGGCCCUUAUGUUGAGACCAGAGAUGGAUACGAAUCCCAAUUUUCCACUAACUACUUAGGCCAUUUUCUUCUGACUCAUCUUCUUUUGCCACGAAUCAAAGAUGCCGGGAAGGAAGAUGACAUGGCGAGGAUUGUCAAUGUUUCAUCUUGUGCCCACAUGGUGGCAGCAGAAAUAAAUUUCGCAGAUAUUAACAACAGGAGCGAAUAUAUAACUGGCUGGGCUUACGCCCAAUCGAAGCUGGCUCAGGUUCUCUUCACGAACUACUUGGAGGAUCUCCUGAGGCGAGAGGGGGCAUUCGUGCAAGUGCAUGCAGUCCAUCCGGGAAUCGUGAACACAGAACUGUUCGACGGGUCUUAUCUGAAGAAUAUGGCCCCUUGGUUGCCCGCCUACUUCUUCAAGAGUCCUGAACGAGGAGCUGUCCCCAUAGUCUACGCCUGCCUUUCAUCACAACUCGAGGGAAAAGGAGGAACCUACAUAACGAAUUGUGAAGUUUAUCCUCCGAGUGAGAUAGCGAAGUCGACAGAGUUGCAAAAGAAAUUGUUCGAUUUCACUAAAGACAUUCUCAAAAUCGAGGAUUUUGGGAAGAAAUGA